GCUCAUUUUGCCCCAAAAAACACAGCAAAAAAAUCUUGCUACGAAGAAACUUUCGGUGUUUGAAGAUGACUCUGAUGAAGAGACAACUGUUGGUCAAAGUCUUCAGAAAGAAGCAUUGAAAAAACAAGCAAUGAAACAGACUAAAUUGGAGAUUCAGAAGGCUUUGGCUGAAGACGCUACAGUGUAUGAAUAUGACAGUAUUUAUGAUGAAAUGCAGCAGAAGAAGAAAGAAAGUAAUGCCAAAAUAUUAUCAGGAAAAGAUGAGAAAAAGCCCAGAUACAUCCAAAAUAUCCUCAAAGCAGCUGAGAUUAGAAAGAAGGAACAAGACAAAAGGAUGGAUAGGAAAAUUCAGAAAGAGCGUGAAAUGGAAGGAGGAGAGUUUGCUGACAAAGAGGCCUUCGUGACUUCAGCCUAUAAAAAGAAGCUGCAAGAAAGGGCUGAGGAGGAGGAAAGAGAAAGAAGAGAAGCAGCUCUGGAGGCCUACCUGGAUGUGACCAAACAGAAGGAUCUCAGUGGAUUUUACAGACAUCUUCUAAAACAGCAAGUGGGGGAAGAAGAGAUGCCUAAAUGCAGCUUCCGUGAAGCCAGGAUAAAGGAAGAAAAAUCUAACAAUGAUCAUGAUGAAUCCAUUGAAAGAAACAAAGACCCAGGUGAAAGACUAAGACUGAAGCCUUCUGUUAAGGAAGAAGAUAAUCCAGAUGCUGACACUGAUUUAGGAAGUGAUAGUGGCGAUGAUGAUAGGAGAUGUAGAAAAAGUAAAGUAAAAUUGAAGCAGAAAGAACGGCGAAACAGCUCUGUGAGCAGUGAGGAGGACUCUAAGCAUGACAAGAACCGGAGGCAUUCGAGGUCACCAGGCUCAUCCAGUGAGGAGGACGAGCUGCGCACGAAAGCACAGACGAGUCAUGCGAAGAGGGGAGAGAGCAGAACGGGCAGGCUGGGAAAUGAUGAGCAGUACCGGGAAAAAGAUUAUGAGAGAAGGAGCAGGACACAGGAAAAUAUCAAAAAAGAGCGGCACAGAUACGAGGAUCGUACUCAUAGGGAUAACUACAGAAGGAGAGAAGAGCCAGAUGACAAACACAGGGGGAAGGAAAGAAAAGAGAGGGAGGGACAUAGCAGAGAAUGGAGGAAAGCAAAGGAGAGAGAUGAGAAGUGUUCAGAACGAGAAAAAGAGAGAUUAAGAAACGAUAAAGAUAAAUACAGUGAUAGAGAGAAGGAAAGAGAUGAGAAGUACAGAGAAAAGGAAGAUCAUGUAAAAGAGAAAUAUGGUAGUGAUGAGAAGAAACACAGACACAGGAGGGAAAGGAGCCCUGCAUCUUUAGAAAAAGAUGGAGGGGCCGACCCGGAGAAGCACACAAGAGGAAAAGAGAGAGAGGUGGAUGAGAAGAGCAGCUCCAGCUCUGGAAGUUUGUCUGAGCCAAAACGUAAAGCAGGAGAAGGAGAGAAAGAAGAGAAAGAGCAGGCACAGAAACCACCUGAGAGCGUAAGCAAAUUUGCCAAGCGGAGCAAUGAAGAGACAGUCAUGUCAGCCAGGGAUCGCUAUUUGGCAAGGCAAAUGGCACGUGUCGGUACCAAAUCUUACAUUGAGAAGGAAGAAGAUUAAUGUCAUUGCA